GCAGAAGAUAUAAAAGCUAAUAGAUUUCGGCGGCCAACUCUGCCUCACCUGGCUCUCCUGUCCCUGCCUAAGCAUGAUGAAGAAGCUCAGAAAGACUCCAGCCAACCAACUAGACGAGUUCAUCGAAGUCCGCCUCCUGCCAGACAAGGAUUUCCGCAUGCAGGUCAAUGAAGCCAUCGACAUCAUCUGCAGUUUCCUGAAGGAGAGGUGUUUCCUAUACACCAGCCACCGGGUUCAGGUGUCCAAGGUUGUGAAGGGCGGCUCCUCAGGCAAAGGCACGACCCUCAGGGGCCGAUCAGAUGCUGACCUCGUCGUCUUCCUCACCAAUCUCACAAGUUUUCAGGAACAGCUUCAGCGCCGAGGAGAAUUCAUUGAGGAAAUUAGGAAACAGCUGGAAGCCUGUCAAAGAGAGGAAACAUUUGAAGUGAAGUUUGAGGUCCAGAAACAGCGAAGGAAGAAGCCCCGUGCUCUCAGCUUCGUGCUGCGGUCCCCCCGGCUCCACGAGUGGGUGGAAUUCGAUGUGCUGCCUGCCUUUGAUGCCCUGGGUCACGUGACCGAAAGCUACAGACCUGACCCUGAAGUCUACAUCGGGCUUAUCCAAGAAUGCGAGGCCCUGGGGAAAGAGGGCGAGUUCUCCCCCUGCUUCACGGAGCUGCAGCGAGCCUUCCUGAGGGACCGUCCAACCAAGCUGAAGAGCCUGAUCCGCCUAGUGAAGCACUGGUACCAACUGUGUAAGAAUAGGCAUGGGAAAAUACUGCCCCCACAGUAUGCCCUGGAGCUCCUGACUGUCUAUGCCUGGGAGCAAGGAAGCAGGAAAGAAGACUUUUGCACAGCUCAGGGAUUCCGGACUGUGUUGGAAUUGGUCCUGCAGCACCAGCAUCUCUGCAUCUACUGGGAAAAGUAUUAUGACUUUAAAAACCCUGUUAUUGGACAAUACCUGAGACGACAACUUGCAAAACCCAGGCCUGUGAUUCUGGACCCAGCUGACCCUACUGGAAAUGUGGCUGGUAGAGACCUAUGUAGCUGGUGGCUACUGGCACAAGAGGUUAGAGUCUGGCUGGGGUACUCAUGCUGUAAGAACAGGAAUGGGUCUCCAGUCAGCACCUGGAACGUGCCUUGUGUGCUCUCCUGAUUCCUUCACGUGAGCUGAUAUUGAUGGCACGUUGAAAUAACAACUUCUAGAAAUACUGCGUUCAAUCAGAUUGACACAGACGUAGAGAACAAGUGUAUGGAUACCAAUGGGAAUGGGGUAGGGGGAGGGAACUGGGAUUGGCACAUAUACAUUAUUGAUACUAUGUAUAAAAUACACAGCUGAUGGGAACAUAAAAAAAAAUGCUAUAUGCCUGCCUUAUAAUAAAUGAAUAUCUGCCCAAG